CGGCAGCUUCUAAAAUCAAGAUUUAUGGUAUGUAAUUUUGAACUCAGCUGAAACCCACUUCACUCUCAGAAAAAAUGGAGACGGAAACGAAUCAGGUUUUACGGAAACCGGAGCUAAAAUCAUACAGUCACAAGCAAUUUCACUCUUCAAAUGCAUUAGAGAUCUUAAGAGAAACAGUUCGAAUCCUCCGGUACAAUCUUGGUGCUUUAAUGAUAACUACUGCUGUUUUGAUCUGUCCUGUAUCUGCUUUACUCUUACCAAACUUUUUAGUUGAUCAAUCAUUAGUGAAUAAACUCACUGUGAAGCUUCUUUUAGUGGCAAAGUCAAGUGGUCUUCCUUUGCAGCCUUUUGUCAAACACUCUUGUCAGAAAUUCGCUGAAACUGCUGUUUCAUCUGCAAUGUGUUUCCCUUUGUUCAUCACUGUGUCUCUAUUGUCUAAAGCAGCUGUGGUUUACUCAGUGGAUUGCACUUACUCGAGGGAAGUAGUUGAUAUUAGCAAGUUCUUGGUUACAUUGCAGAAGAUAUGGAGAAGAGUUGUGUUCACUUACCUUUGGAUUUGUAUUCUGAUUGUUGGUUGCUUCACUUUCUUCUGUGUCCUUCUUGUAGCAAUCUGCAGUUCAUUCUCUGUUCUCGGCUUCUCUCCAGAUUUCAAUGUUUAUGGAGCCAUGUUAGUUGGUUUAGCAUUCUCUGUAGUUUUCGCCAACGCCAUUAUAAUCUGCAACACCGCGAUUGUGAUCUCGGUUUUGGAAGAUGUUUCAGGGUUAGGAGCAUUGAUGAGAGCUAGUGAUUUGAUCAAAGGGCAGAUUCAGGUUGGUUUGUUGAUGUUCCUUGGGUCGACGUUAGGAUUGGCAUUUGUGGAAGGAUUGUUUGAUCAUAGAGUGAAGAAAGUGAGUUAUGGAGAUGGGUCUUCGAGGUUAUGGGAAGGACCUCUUUUGGUGUUGAUGUAUUCCUUUGUGACACUUAUAGAUUCAAUGAUGAGUGCAGUGUUCUAUUUUAGCUGUCGAGUUUAUUAUAGUAUGGAAUCUUCUAGAGGUGAAACUCAACCAAUCAUGGAAACGGUUGCGGUUGUGGAUGCUGAGUAAUGGUUGUGUUGUGCGGAUUAAACUCGGUGAAUGGACAUGGAAGCGUAUUAGCUGAAGAAGAAGUUGUAUAUUAAAUGGGGUUUAUUCAACAUUAUUUGUUUCACUUAAAAACUUGAUGCAUCUUUAAUGUUUUGGUUAUAUGGUUUCUGUAUUUACAUUUUUCUGAAGAUUAUAGCAUCCCAAGUUCGUUCCUAGUUCUGCACUUCUGCUACUGUUUGUUAUUGCCAGUUUGAUUGUGUCUUGAAAAUCUUGGGCGUAAAUUAGUAAGUUUAAUAAGUAGGUGGGCUUUUA